AAGCAGUUUGAUCGUGAAACACCGCGGCCUGUUAUUGAUGAUGCUAUUAAUAAUGAUGAUGGUGAUGAUGAUGGGCAGUGGGUUGAUUGUUUUCAGACUGACAUCUACUGUCGGUCCACUGCAGCCUGCGACAAACUGAAGCGUAAGCUCUCAUUAAGCAGCAGCUGAUGCUACACCUUUUCAGCACCGCGGACAGCUCCAUUCUGCAUACCGAGCAGAUGGCGACGCUUAUAAAAGCCCGUAUGGAGCGACUCUGCAGCGGAGACUGACCGCGACAGCACGAGUUACAGCAUGGAGGACAGAUUCAGCUUUCCACGCAGAAUCACUCCAGAUGAGUAUUUGCAAUGCAAGCCGAAACGUUCGACAUUGGAAACCGGCGUCGAGAUUAGGGGGACGUCCUCGGGCGCGAUUUUGACUCAAUCGUUACCUGGAAAGUUUAAAGACAAAGAGCUGAUGCGUGACCUGAACGGUCGUCUUGCGGGAUUCAUAGAGAAGGUGCACCAUCUGGAGUACCAGAACCAUCUGCUAGAGAGAGAGAUCGAGGAGAUCCGAGGGAAAGCGAAAGCCGCAUCCUGUUUGGAGGAGGAGUACGGACCGGAGCUCAGGGAACUGAGGCAGCUGGUUCAGGGAAUUACGCAUCAGAAGCACCAGAUUGAAAUCGAGCAUGCUAACUUAGAGGACGAGCUGUCCAGCUUGACAAGAAAGUAUGAACAGGAAGCGCGUGGCAAAUCUGAUGCCGAGAGCAACAUCGCGCUCCUCAAGAAGGACAUCAGUGACGCGUAUCGGGCGAAACUACAGCUGGACAUGAAAGCACAGGCUCUCGCGGACGAGAUCCACGCCCUGAAGAGAAAUCACGAGGCCGGGCUGUCAGAGAUGUUUGACCAAAUCCAGGAUGUGCAGGUGAGAGUCAAGGCGCGUGAAUUUGGCAACCCUGGCGUCACUGCGGCACUCAGGGACAUCAGGGCUCAACUGGAAGGUCACACCGUGUCCGACUUCCAGCAGGCCGGAGAAACUUUCCAGUCUCAGUUUGUGAGAUUAACAGAGGAGGCUGAGACCAAAAGGGAGGCGUUAAAAGCGAUCCAACAAGAGAUUGAGGAGUACAGGAGGAGCCUGCAGGCCAAAAACAUCGAACUAGACUGCGCUAAAGGCACCAGGGAAGCGCUGGAGAAGCAACUUCGUGACGUGGAAGAUCGCCGCAAUGAAGAAGUGAUUCACUACCAGAACACAAUCAAAGAACUUGAAAACGAGCUCAUAAACUGCAAAUUUGACAUGUCUGGUUACCUGCGGGAAUACCAGGACCUGCUCAAUGUGAAGAUGGCUUUGGAUGUGGAGAUACUGUCUUACAGGAAACUCCUCUGUGGUGAGGAGGCUCGGCUCUCCACAGUGUCAGACAACCACAUUUCGCUGCCCUACAUCUACCACCAGUCCCCCGUUUACACCCUGUCUUGCCCCAACCGCCCCGGAGGCCCCCGCAGGCGAGCUGAGCCCCAAUACAAGUUUGUAGAGGAGAUCAUAACAGAGACCACCAGAGAAAUUGAGAUGUCAGAGUUUGAGGAGACAAGACCAGAGGAGGAGACAGAGUUGGCAGAAGAUGAGCAUGAGAAUACCAAAAGAGAUGGAGGGGGCAGUGAGGAAGAGAAGGAUCAUAAAGACGGUCGAGAGGAAGAUGGUGAGCAGAUGUCUCAUAGUCAGCAGAAUCAAGUAGCAUCGGCAGGAAGUUCAGUGAUUGGAGGUGGGACGGAUGAUGGUGAGAAAGGUCAGAAAAGAAAAGAAGAGACAGAGGAGACUGAGAGAGUUGACAAUGACGGGGACAGUGGUAUAGAUGCUCAAAGUAAAGUUUUAUUAAGUGAGAUCCCUGAUGAGGAAGAAGAUGAGCAACAUAAAAAAACAGCCAAAAACACAAAAUCAGAGAAAGAAACUGCAGUGACAACUCUAACAGAUCAGAAAAGCCUGCCUUCAAAGGGAGAUGACCUAAAGCCCGAGGUUCCUGUGGUGGAGGAACAUCUGAAAAGAUCUGAUGCUAAAAAAGGGGACGCUGAGAAAAACAUCUUCAUCUCGGCUCAAGAGAAGGAGUCUGUUGACAAGACCUCAUCCCAGCUGUCCAAAGAAUCAGACCAAACUCCGGAGCUAAGCUGUGUUGUUCAAGUGCAAAAUAAGGUCGGCAUUGUGGCUUCAGAAAGUGCUGAGAAAUCCAGAGAUUUCACAGCAGAGACAAAGAGUGCUCUGUCCGCCGACACAGAGAAGCUUUUACAAAAGCCCCAAGUGCCCUCAAGUUCAAUAACCAAGAGUGAGGAAAAGGACAGCAGUCAUACAGAGCCAAAGGACAUCCUUAAAUCUGAAGCCGCGAAAAGUCAGGAUAAAGUAGCAAAAAGCAUUCAAGAUGCUAAACAUCAUAGCAAUAAAGACCAAGAUAAAGAGUCAACUCAUCAACCUAAUGCAAUCGAUCAGAAGCCAAACAGCGGUGAUAAAACCCAAACAGCCCAAAGUGAGCUGCCAAAGGAGAAGACAACUGGAAAUGUAGAAAUCAAAGGGUUACAUCAGGGGGAACCAGAGAGCAGCCAGGUUAAAAAGUCAAUGCUGUCUGAGAUUUUCAGAGAAGAGUAAAUGAUCCUCAAGCUAAAACUGACAAAGCAGCAAUUCUGAGAAGAAAGAAGACGACGUACCACAAGCAAAACAGAGGGGAAUAUAACCUGAACCCUAACCCCAGGGAGGAGGAAGGGAGGACAUUUCUACCUUAGAUUGAAUGAACCCUCACUUCAUAGGCAAAUAUCGGGGACAUCGAAGCUGAAAACAGAAAAUGGCUUGAUAACCGCAAAUUUAAGACACAGGCUGAGCCAAGCAAAGAGAACAGAGCUCAUAGCUGUAAUCUCCUUUCAGAAUGACCAUUUUAAAGGAGAGAGCAUGAUUCCUCAAAUGUUUGCAGCAGCUUUGCCUUUAAACUAUAACUCAACUUGUGAUGUACUCAAACCUUUUGACUUACUUAGGUAUUCAUGAAUGUAAAAGAAAGAAGUUAAUUUGAAUGUGUGUGUGCUCACAAAUAAAUGCAAUAUUAAAAAAAA